AUGGGUAUCAAGAAUCUGGCCCAAGUGCUCAAGGAACAUUGCCCGGAUGCCAUCAAGGAAGGCGAGAUCAAGAACCAGUUCGGCCGCAAAGUCGCCAUCGAUGCCUCCAUGUCAUUGUAUUCCUUCCUUGUCGCCGUAAGAAGUGGUGGUGAACAACUCAUGUCGGAGAAUGGCGAGACCACAUCACAUAUCAUGGGCCUCUUCUACCGCACACUCCGCAUCAUCGACAAUGGCAUAAAGCCUCUUUAUGUCUUCGAUGGUCAACCACCCAAGCUCAAAUCCGGCGAGCUGGCCAAGAGGUUUCAGCGCAAGUCCGAGGCACAAGAGGCGCAAGAAGAAGCGAAGGAGACAGGCACAGCGGAUGACGUUGAGAAGUUCAGUAGAAGGACAGUCCGAGUGACUCGCGAACACAAUGCCGAAGCUCAGCGUCUCCUCAAGCUCAUGGGCGUACCAUACAUCAUCGCUCCUACCGAAGCCGAAGCACAAUGCGCCGUCCUCGCCAGAGCAGGCAAGGUCUUCGCUGCAGCAUCAGAAGAUAUGGACACCCUCACCUUCAACUCACCAGUCCUACUACGCAAACUCACAUUCUCUGAACAACGCAAGGAACCUAUUCAAGAAAUUCACCUAGAUGCUGUGCUCGAAGGACUGGACAUGGACCUCAAUCAAUUCAUCGACCUAUGCAUCUUACUUGGCUGCGAUUACGUCGACCCAGUAAAAGGCAUCGGUCCAAAGGUAGCUCUGAACCUCAUCCGCGAACACAAGACUUUGGAAGCGGUGGUCGAGUACAACGAGAAGAACAAGAAAUACACCUUCCCCGAAGACUGGCCCUACAAAGACGCCCGUCUCCUCUUCCUCGAGCCCGACGUUCGCUCCGCCGACGAACCAGAAUGCGACUUCAAAUGGGAGGCUCCUGACGUGGACGGGCUGGUGAAGUUCCUGGUCGAGGAGAAAGGUUUCAACGAGGACCGUGUGCGCAACGCAGCGAGCAGACUGAACAAGAACCUGAAAUCUGGCCAGCAGUCAAGGAUCGAAGGUUUCUUCAAGAUGCAGCCGAAGACGGAGGAGGAGAAGACGAGUCUAAAGAGGAAGAAUGAGGAGAAAUUCGCUGCUAAUAAGAAGGCGAAGAAGGAGGCUGAGAAGGCUAAGAAGGAGGCGAAAUCCAAGCCAAAGAUGAAUUCAUGA